ACGCGCAAAAUCCAUUCUUUUUCUCUCUCUUCCCUCUCUCUCUAAGUUUGGCAAUUCUGCAACGGAUUGUCGAAGGUGCUUUUGGCGUCAAAGCGAAAUUCAAGGAGAGAUGCAUCGAGGAGAUUGAGACGUAAGAGAGAGAGAGAGAGAGAGUUCGAUCGGCGGAGAGAGCUUAAUUAAGCUUUUAAUGCUGAUUUCCGAAAAACAGUGAUUAAUCGGGCGUAAGCCUUUCCCUGAUUUCUUCAAUUGUGGGUACCUAUAGAUAUAGCUCCUUUUGGUGAGUACAGUAUAUAGUAUGGCAUUGGAUGGUUUAGUAUCAUCCCCACACAGAAGAUCACAGAACACAACUGCAUUUUCAAUGCCUUCGAAUAAGAAACAGUACGCUAAACCAGAUGACUUGUCUUGCUCGGUUCUCCUUCAAAGGCAUAGAUACCUUUUAACCGCGUUGGCCCUGUUAGCGGUUCUGUGUACUGUUUAUCUCUACUUUGCUGUCACUUUAGUUCCCGGGAAAUCUUGUGCGGGUUUAACAGGGAAACUGAAGGAGUCUUGUAAUGCUGAACUUGCUAAAGCUGCAAUGGGGAAUGGAAAACUGAAGUUCCUUUAGUUUUUGUUGUCUUUUUCUUUUCUUCUUCUUGUGUAGAUGAUGUUCCAUAAAGAUUACUGGUAGUGUUAUUUGAGCUGGUUCUGAUCUUAUGCUGAAAGAGAUGAAAUCUCUUUCUAAAUUUUUUUUCUUUAUUUUUUCUUGUUUUUUUUAAAGUCACAACCUUUUGUUGAUUGAAUUCUUUCUGGAGACAGAUAGAUUGACCAUUGGGUAGUAGGGUGGUGGUUUAUAUAAAGAUGGUAUGUUCUUAAUUACUACAUAAUUUGAUGAAGUCUUAUAAUAUAUUUGUUCUAUUGAUUGUA